GAUUUUUUGGGAGGGAGCAGUACACAAAUGCUGGUGGUAUGAUAGCAUACCCUCUUACUGACCGAGCCAUCGGCACUGGCGGCAGCCAUUUUGUAUCGAGAGUGUGUGCUGCCCACCGUGGCAGCAGUGGUGCUUCAUGACGUCACGCUGGCUAUGUAGCCCGCCAAUAGCAUUGAGUUCCUACCCCAUGCUCUUCAUCGUUAUUGACUUUGGUGGGUGCUUUAUUUCCGAAAAUUGGGAUUGUGACAUUACAAUAUUAAGAUGCAUUCGUUACUAUAUAGAAAAGAAAAUGCACAUGACGAUAGCAUAUGGAGCUGUGCUUGGGGAAGAAUGAAAAAGAAAAACGACGAAAAUGGCGAUGGUGAAGGAUCAAGAGAUUCAGCUGCUGCAGAAGAAUCAAUGGAUUAUAUUGUGACAGGGGCUGUAGAUGAUUUAGUGAAGGUCUGGACAUUCAAGAAUGAUUGUCUACAGCUAAAACACAAGCUUGAGGGUCAUUCACUUGGAGUUGUCUCAGUUGCAAUAAAUUCAGACAGUACAACUUGUGCUUCAAGUUCAUUGGACUCAAGCUUAAGACUGUGGGAUCUUGCCUCUGGGGAGAAAGUUGGUAGCAUUGAAGUUGGACCAGUGGACAUAUGGACUGUUGCCUUCUCACCUGAUGAUAAGUUCAUCAUCUCAGGCAGUCACUCUGGAAAAAUUGCUCUGUACGGAGUUGAAUCAGCUAAACAAGAGCAAACCCUUGACACAAGAGGGAAAUUUACUCUCAGUAUUGCAUAUAGCCCAGAUGGCAAAUAUAUUGCUAGUGGAGCAAUUGAUGGUAUUAUCAACAUUUUUGAUGUUUCUUCUGGAAAAUUGGUCCACACCCUUGAAGGUCAUGCAAUGCCUAUCAGGUCUCUGUGUUUUUCUCCUGAUUCACAGCUCCUCUUGACAGCAUCAGAUGACGGUCAUAUGAAGCUCUAUGACGUGCAGCAUGCAAACGUAGCAGGUACUCUGUCAGGGCAUGCUUCCUGGGUACUCAGUGUUGCCUUUUCUCCGGACAAUGAGCAUUUUGUUUCAAGCAGUUCUGACCAAACUGUGAGAGUAUGGGAACUCAGCAGCCGACAGUGCAUCCGCACAUUUAAUGAACACAGUGACCAGGUAUGGGGAGUAAAGUACAAUCCAGAUGGGAACAAGAUAGUUUCUGUGGCUGAAGAUCGAUCGAUAAACAUAUAUGAUUGCCAAUUUUAAUUUUCUGUUUCACACUCUGAACUGUGACACCACAUUUGUUACUGUUAAGUUCUUAAUGAAAGAAGGAAGAAUUGAUGCCAAA